AUGUCUAACCAAAACAUUGACGAUGAUUUAGUUCCUGAAAAAGUUGAAGGAUACACUGUUGGAGAAAAGAAAACCAUUGACGAAUACAACAAACUAGAUGCUGAAGAUGAAAGUUUAGCUAAAUGGAAAGCUUCAUUGGGAUUGGCUGCUGAUACUCAACCAUAUCCUACCAAACCAGGUGAUAAAAGAACAGUCGUGGUUACUGAAUUAGCCUUGGAAUUCCCUGAUCAACCAGAUUUACAACCAAUCAGAAUCAACUUGGAAGAUCAAGAUGGAAACACCAUUGCCAACAAAGAAGUCAAAUUUAAUAUUAAAGAAAAAUCUAUAUAUCAAUUGGUUGUUAAAUUCAGAGUUCAACAUGAAAUCAUCACUGGUUUGAAAUAUUUGCACCUGGUUAAGAGAGGUGGUAUAAGAGUUGAUAAAGUAGAGGAACCAUUGGGCUCAUAUGCUCCAAAUACUCUUGAUAAACCAUAUUAUGAAAGAAAAUUCACAGAAGUUGAAGCUCCAAGUGGUAUGAUUGCUAGAGGAACUUAUAGUGCUGUCAGUAAAUUCAUUGAUGAUGAUGAUAAUGUCCAUUUGACAGUUCCUUGGAGUUUUGCCAUUACCAAAUAA